AUGGAGGGAGUGAAAGGACAUGAAAGUGCCGAGCAAGGAAAGGCGACAUCAGUGGCUGCCAUGAAGGCAUGUUACCAGAGUUUUGACCCUGCAGAGUACCUGCAGUAUAACUACACUCCACCACGUGCCAGCUUUGACCGCAGAGACAGCAUUGUACCGUGGAAACUCAGCUGUCUGCACAGAGCCUUUACUGAAGGGGAUGUGAAAGGAGAUAUUCUGGUGGAUAUAGGCUCUGGUCCUACCCUAUAUCAGGUGAUGAGUGGCUGUGAGAGGUUUGAUCGUGUGAUCCUGACUGACUUCUUGGAAGUGAACCGCAGGGAGCUUCAGAGAUGGCUACAGGGCGAGAAUAGCAGUCUAGAUUGGACUCCAUUCCUUCAGUAUGUGUGUAAACUGGAGGGGCGAAGCCCAGAAGCAUGGAACAAGAAAGCAGAACGUCUUCGUUCCGUGGUAACAGAUGUGCUGCCUGUUGAUGUACAUCAGCCCUACCCGUUACCUCCAGAUGCUUUGCCCCCCACUGGAGCUGACUGUCUGGUCUCUUGCUUCUGCCUGGAGUCUGCAAGCCCUGACCUGGCUUCCUUUAACAGAGCCCUUGGUCACCUCUCUAGCCUGCUCCGGAAGGGAGGCCAUCUCCUGCUCAUCGGCGCCCUGGAGCAGACAUUCUACCUAGGAGCACAAGGGGUACGUAUACCUGUUGUGCCACUGGAUGAGGCUCAGGUGUGUGCUAGCCUGAGAGCCACUGGGUAUGAGCUGCAACACCUCAGCAUUUACACUCUACCGCCAGACAUGUGUGUGGGUGUGGAUGAUGUUACCGGUGUCUUCUUUGCCAAGGCUAGGAAACAUUAA